AUGUUUGAUUUUAUUGUUGCCGCUACGACGCCCAUGCUGUUAUAUAAACGCAAACCAGAUGAUAAAUAUGAAAGAGAAUUAGUGGCUGUCUCUUCAACGGUUAUACCGCUGAAAGUGUCGGAAGUUGGUUAUGGUUUUGCCGGCACACCGAGUGAUGGGUACAAACAACUCUAUUUAAAAAAAUUACGCAAAAAAGUCCAACAUAAUUAUAAUGAAACCGACAGUGAAUUUACAAAACCGGACACAUUAAUUACAAUUAACAGAAAAUAUGAUGCUAAUGAUGACAGCAACAACUACGAUAAGGUCAAAGUCAAGGAUAUUAAUAUCGCUGCAGAAAACUAA